AAUCCCUUUUUCCUUAAAUACUAAGCCAUUUUCAUCCAACCAGCCUAGGUGACCCUGAUUACUCUUUUUUUCAGAAAAGAGUUCAAUCCUAUUAGGGCUUGGGUUGGCUAAGUCCCUCCAUCUAAUUUGAAUUCAAAGUUCAAGGGCCUUAGCCUUAACCCAUAGUUUCAUCGUAAAAAAUUAAAAAGAAAAAAAAUCAAAAAAACAAAAAGUUUACUUACAAAAAUUUAUAAACAGGGUAUGCAAAAAAGAGAGUUAUGGUAGGAGUAAAUGCGAAAUUCAUUGUUUUCUUUUUCUUGGCAUUUGCCAUAUUUUAUGUGAAUGCUCAUAUAGCUGAAUUCGACGAAUACUGGAAACAAAAAGCUGAGCAAGCCAAAAAAAUUGCCCAUGAUGCUUAUGACCCUCAUCCUGAGCUAGUCACGGAGCAGUUGAACGAAGAUGUUGGCAUACUACUGUCAGGGAAGAACAGCACAAGAAGAAACUUAUAUGGCAAGAAUAAAGGAGGACCAUGCAAGAGCACCAACCCAAUCGACAAUUGCUGGAGGUGUGAUAAAAACUGGGCAUCGAAUAGGAAGAAGCUAGCAAGCUGUGUCCUCGGAUUCGGCCGGAGGACCACCGGUGGCUUGAAAGGCCCGUAUUACGUGGUCACAGAUCCAUCGGACAACGACAUGGUGAACCCGAAACCCGGUACUCUUCGCCAUGCCGUGACAAGGAGAGGACCACUUUGGAUCAUCUUUUCAAGAAACAUGGUGAUCAGGCUCAACCAGGAGCUUCUGAUGACAGGAGACAAGACCAUCGACGGUAGAGGUGCCGAUGUCCAUAUCGCCGGCGGUGCUGGAAUUACCAUCCAGUUUGUGAAGAACGUCAUUAUCCAUAAUAUCAAGAUCCAUGACAUUGUUGUAGGCAAUGGUGGCACUAUCAGAGAUUCUUGGAACCAUGUUGGUUUUAGGACCCAGAGUGAUGGCGAUGGUAUUUCCAUCUUCGGCUCUUCCCAUGUCUGGAUCGACCAUGUUUCCAUGUCCCAUUGUACUGAUGGCCUUAUCGACGCCAUUAUGGGAUCCACUGCCAUCACCAUUUCCAACUGUCACUUUACUCGUCACAACGAGGUUAUGCUGUUCGGUGCAAGUGACAGCUACUCAGGAGAUCAACUAAUGCAAAUUACAGUGGCGUUCAACCACUUUGGAAAGGGACUGGUUCAGAGGAUGCCAAGGUGUCGAUGGGGAUUCGUCCAUGUCGUCAACAACGACUAUACCCACUGGCUCAUGUACGCCAUUGGCGGUAGCCAGCACCCUACCAUUAUCAGUCAGGGCAACAGAUUCAUUGCUCCUCCAAAUGAGGCUGCUAAAGAGGUGACAAAAAGGGAUUAUGCUCCCCAAAGCGAGUGGUCAAAAUGGCGAUGGAGAUCUGAAGGAGACGUAAUGAUGAACGGAGCAUUCUUCGUACAAUCAGGAAAACCACUCAAGAAAGAUCGAUUCACAAGGCAUGAUAUGAUCAAGUACAAGCCAGGAACUUUUGUCACCAGACUUACUCGCUACUCUGGAGCCCUAAAAUGCGUUGUGGGCCGUCGUUGUUAAACCCCAUACUAUUAGAUUUUCCAAUUCCAUAGCUAUAUGUUUCAAAUUUCUUAAUUAUAUAUUUAUAUAUAUAUUUUUUAAAAAAGAAAAACCUUAAUAUCUCAGCUCGGCGGAGAUGAUAGAUAAGAGGGUUAGAAAAGAGGAAUCCCAAAAAUAUAUAUACAGUAGUUGUAGUUGUUGAUGAUGCUGCAUGUAAUUUGCUUCUCUUUCUUGUUCUUUAAUUUAUUUAUUUAUUUAUUUUCUUGGCUUUCCUUGGGAAGUAGGAUGAGGAAAGAAAAUACAUCAUCGAUGGGGGAAAGGGUGAAAAAAAAAAAAAAAAGUCAUUUGAGGAUUUUAGUUUCUUGUUUUUUUUUUUUUUUCUUUUUCCUCUUCUUUUCUUAAUUCAAUUAAUGUAUUCAAAAAGAAACAGCAGUUAAAAGGCAGGAAUUUGUUCCAUUUGUCUAUGGAA